CCUUAGGUACUCGAACAUGCACUUCCAAGCUUCAUACUCCUAGACAUCGGCGCCAUCUGCGUCCGCUGCACACUCAACGAUAUCUCCUUUCCAGCUCAUCAUCGACUCCAGCCGCUACAGCAGCAGCGGGCUCUGAGACACUUGCAGCUUGUCGUCAUGAACGGCAUGAACGGCGGCAACAUGCCCGGCGCCAUGGUCGGCUUUCCCACUCCGGCCGGCCACCAAGCCGAGCUCAAUUACAUCUACGGCAUGGUAGAAGAGCUCAGCCGUCAGCUCGCCGAAAACCAGCGCACGUUGGAAGAGGUCGUCGCCGGCGUGGGGCGCGUACGCAGUCACGCGAAAGCACAACAGCUUGGGAACGAGGAGCUGAUCAGCGGAGCAGCUGAUGAAGUGAAAGCCCAAGAACCCAACCUCGACACGCUGAUCUCGAUCCUCUCCGAAGCGCUCGAAAAAGCGAAGUUCUCGCGCGACGCCAACGCCGCGCUGCUCAGCCAGUACGCGUCGGCGCUCGCGGGCAUGCUCAAGCAGUUCCACGACUACAAGGCCAAGCACGUGGCCGACGUGGCGGCCUGGCACCGCAGCUACCGGGCGCAGCUGGCCGAGGCGCGGGCCGAGAACAGCCGGCUGCGCGAGCAGAUCUGGGAGAUGCAGGCGCGCGCGGGCGCCGCCAACGAGAUGCUGCGCCGGUUCCGCACACGCUACGACGCCGACGAGGCCCGCUGGGAGCGCCGCGUCGAGGCCAAGGCCGUGCGCCAGGAGCUGCGCUUCUGGAAGCGCAUGGCCAUGCCGCACCUGGAGGACGACGACUCGUGCUGGAGCGACGACGACGAUCUGAUUGAUGUGGCCGAGAAGAAGAGGCUGGAGGAAAUGCAAAAGCUGGCCGCUGAGCAGCAGCUGGCGGCGGCCGCCGCCGAGUUGGGAGAUAUUGUUGGGGGAGGAGGAGAUGAUGGCGGGGUGCCGCCUGAGGUGCCGUCCGCGCCGGUCCCGCAGAGCAUGAUAGGCGGGGUGCCGAUGCAGAGGGACGAUGGGGGAAGCAUGAUGCUGCCUAUUCCUCCGCCAAGGCCAUCGAGUGUGGCGAGCAGUACGGGGUCGUCGGGGCAAUGAGCACCUGGUUUGCCCUUAUGAUGUUUCUGGUCAAGUUAAUGUACGAGUAAAGGCCACUCUUAUGGGUUCUAGGUGCACGAUGGAUGAUAUUGGAGCCUGGAUGGCGUCGGAGGGGAUGGCGUUUAAAAGGAGACUGGCUGCGAUUUUACGGAUGAUAUCCCGAUCACUGUACGGCAGGGGUCCAUAGCAAAAGGAAAAUGGAUGUUCUUGGGAUAAACAAGGCGAUGUUACACAUCAUCCCUUAUCCCUUAAGAUUGCGGACUAUGACACAAAUGUGCUUUCAGAAUAGGCCCAGGCAGGACGUAGGCUAACGUUUGUCG